AUGUUCGCAACUGCUGGAUAUUGUCUUAAUUUUUUAGCGCAACUGGCAUGUAAUAUUUUGAAUAAUACUGUCUAUUCGUCUCCAAGUACUGGCUCAAAAGGGAGCAGCAACUCACAAUACUCACAAGUCAACCAACUAAAAGCACUAUCGCAAAGCCUUGAGUAA